AUGGACAGUCUGACAGAACAGAGACUGACAUCUCCCAAUCUGCCGGCCCCCCACCUGGAACACUACAGUGUUCUGCAUUGCACCAUGACCCUGGAUGUGCAAACUGUAGUCGUUUUUGCCGUGAUUGUAGUCCUCCUGCUUGUCAAUGUCAUACUCAUGUUUUUCCUGGGAACGCGCUGAAUGGAGUCCAGCCACCUGAGCUGUCGCGAACUCUCGCUUUGAUUUCAUCCCGAGAGCCACCGAGAAAAAAAAAAAUCACAGACAGAGACAGGGAAAGAGAGAGAAAGAACAAGCUUUCUUACUCAGGGGGGAAAACGUUUUGAGCUUCAACAUGGCCUCGCUGUGAUAUCUCUGGGUGAACCAGGAGGAUGAGGUGGAGGAGGGGCCCAGCGAUGUGCAGAACGGACACCUGGACCCCAAUUCAGACUGCCUCUGUCUGGGGCGGCCACUACAGAACCGGGACCAGAUGCGGGCCAAUGUCAUCAAUGAGAUAAUGAGCACUGAGCGUCACUACAUCAAGCACCUCAAGGAUAUUUGUGAGGGCUAUCUGAAGCAGUGCCGGAAGAGAAGGGACAUGUUCAGUGACGAGCAACUGAAGGUAAUCUUUGGGAAUAUUGAAGAUAUCUACAGAUUUCAGAUGGGCUUUGUGAGAGACCUGGAGAAACAGUAUAACAAUGAUGACCCCCACCUCAGCGAGAUAGGACCCUGCUUCCUAGAGCACCAAGAUGGAUUCUGGAUAUACUCUGAGUAUUGUAACAACCACCUGGAUGCUUGCAUGGAGCUCUCCAAACUGAUGAAGGACAGCCGCUACCAGCACUUCUUUGAGGCCUGUCGCCUCUUGCAGCAGAUGAUUGACAUUGCUAUCGAUGGUUUCCUUUUGACUCCAGUGCAGAAGAUCUGCAAGU